AUGGAAAUUUUGUGGUCGAAAGCUCCGUUUAAAAAGCACUCCGUGACUAAGCAACCUGGUCCGAGCUCUUUCUCGUUCAGAAAAAAAAUUCCUCCACUUAUCGCCGCGCAAGUACUAACACAGGACAAUUCAUCAAUACCGCCAAGUGAGUUUCUAAUCCGUGUUGAAAGUCAUCUUCAUUGCUCGUAUGCUAAUAUUGCUCUUUUCAGAAUGCAUCUUAUGUACACCCUCGACAACCAAGGCAAGCGUGUCUACACCUUGAAGAAGGUCCUGAACGGCGAGGUCACCAAGUCUGCCCACCCCGCUCGCUUCUCCCCCGAUGACAAGUACUCUCGUCACCGUGUCACUCUGAAGAAGCGUUACGGUCUUCUCCUCACCCAGCAAUCCAAGGCCCCUACUAAGGCUUAAAUGGAUCAACACUGGGAAAAAUGAAUUACCGGGUGGCAUAGCCCAUGUUUUGGCGAAUGGUGUUUUUCUUGCGGUCAACGGAUGGCUGAGAUGUCCAUACUUGUUUUGCUAUCCUUGGAUAAUCUAUUCAGGGCUUCACCUAGACAUUCUAGAGAAUACGAUACCUGAUCUAGGUAACCAACGAAG